UUCUACAAUCUACUUCUUACUUUGGACACUCUUGCCUUACUCACGUCCAGCAUUCGGUCCUGUCACAGCCAACAUGUCUGACAAAGGAGCCUUCGACACCAACGUGGUGACGCUGACCCGGUUUGUUCUGGAGGAGGGCAGGAAGGCCCAGGGAACAGGCGAACUAACAACUCUGCUCAACUCCAUCUGCACAGCUGUUAAAGCAAUAUCUUCUGCUGUUAGGAAGGCUGGGAUUGCUAACCUAUAUGGCAUUGCUGGAAGCACCAAUGUGACGGGGGAUCAGGUGAAGAAGUUGGAUAUCCUGUCCAAUGACCUGGUCAUCAACAUGAUCAAGUCCUCCUUCACCUCCUGUGUGCUGGUCUCAGAGGAAGAUGAGAAAGCCAUAAUUGUGGACCCAGAUAAGAGAGGAAAAUACAUUGUGUGCUUUGAUCCGUUGGAUGGUUCUUCCAACAUCGACUGCCUUGUCUCCAUCGGAACAAUUUUUGCUAUCUAUAAAAAGACAACAGAUGGGGAGCCAUGUGAGAAGGAUGCUCUACAGCCUGGAAGGAACAUCGUAGCAGCUGGUUAUGCUCUUUACGGCAGCGCCACCAUGAUGGUCCUCUCCACUGGUCAGGGGGUGAAUUGCUUCAUGUUGGAUCCAUCGAUUGGUGAGUUCAUCCUGGUGGAUCGAGAUGUGAAGAUUAAGAAGAAGGGAAAAAUCUACAGUCUGAAUGAGGGAUAUGCACAACAAUUUUAUCCAGAUGUAACAGAGUACCUACAAAAGAAGAAAUUCCCAGAGGAUGGCUCUGCUGCAUAUGGAAGUCGAUACAUCGGUUCAAUGGUUGCAGAUGUUCACAGGACUUUGGUGUACGGAGGAAUCUUUUUAUAUCCUGCUAAUGUCAAAAGUCCAAAAGGCAAGCUGAGGCUGCUGUAUGAGUGCAACCCCAUGGCCUUCAUCGUGGUGCAGGCAGGAGGCAUCGCCACCACAGGAUCUGAAAACAUUCUGGACAUCCAGCCUGCUACUAUCCAUCAGAGAGUCCCUGUUGUCCUGGGCUCCCCUGAUGAUGUGAAAGAGUACAUCUCUAUCUACAAGAAGCACAACAAAUGAGCAGGUCAAGUCUGGUGGUUAAAACAUGAAUCAGUUCUGACUUGUUCCCUGCUGCACUGACGAAGAAGAACCUUCUGUAGAUUGCUUCUUACUGCAAAUAACAUUCUUUGUUGUGAGCCAUUUUCAGAGACUUAUCUGUAUUUUUAAUAAAGACUAAUGGG